GAGAGAAAACAGAUAAACCACCGCCAUCUCUUUCAAUUGCAGCACAAGUUACUGCUGUCUCUCUCUCUCUCUCUCUCGUUACUGCAUCUUCAAACCCUAAAUUAUUAUAUUAAAAAUUUUGGAAGGAGAGAAAAAAAAAAACGUAAACAAUAAACACCAGCAUCAAGCUCUGCCUCUUUGAAAUUUCUGGUUCUCUCUCUGUGUCCUUCAAUUUCUCACGAAAAGAAUCCCGAAUGGAUGCAUGCAAGCCUGACCCAGUUGAGAGAAUCGAGCAUGGAGCAAGACCCACUUGAGAGUGCUGCAUUGCGGUGUGUUCACUAUGGGAAAGGCCGAGGAUGAACACGCGGUGCAGCCCGGAUCGGGUCCUCAGUCGUCGGACCAGAAUGAGCAGACCCAGUGGUGUGGCGGUGGUGGUUAUGGGAACUGUGGCUUUGGGUGGUGUUUUGGUGGGGUUCGGAGGCUCAUUGGGCUCCGAUGCCUCUUCGUCCUGCUGUUCGCCACCGCUGCCUUCCUCUCUGCCAUCUUUUGGCUGCCCCCGUUUCUUCAGUUCGCAGAUCAGCGGGAUCUAGAUCUUGAUCCAAAGUUCAAAGAUCAUGAUAUAGUAGCAAGUUUUUAUCUUAAGAAGCCAUUUUAUUUGCUCGAAGACAAUAUCUCACAGCUCAAGGAAGACAUUUGGAAUGAGAUAGGCUUUCCAAACACCAAAAUUGUUAUUUUAUCUCUGGAAUACAAAGACGGAUCAAACACAACAAAGGUUGUAUUUGGGGUCGAUCCUGAUGCAAAAUAUUCUGAAAUAUCCCAAACUACCCAAAGUUUGAUCAGGGAAAGUUUUGCUUUUCUGGUCUUACGACAAUAUUCUCUCCGCCUGACUACAUCCCUAUUUGGGGAACCAUUUCUUUUUGAGGUGCUAAAAUUCCCAGGAGGAAUUACUAUAAUCCCCUAUCAGAGGGCAUUUCUUUUGCAGAAAGUACAAAUCCUUUUCAAUUUUACCUUAAACUUCUCCAUCUAUGAAAUACAAUCAAAUUUUGAUGAACUGAGGAGCCAGCUGAAGUCGGGAUUACAUCUGGCACCCUAUGAGAACUUGUAUGUUAGCCUAUCAAAUUCAAAAGGUUCAACGGUGGCUGCUCCCACAGUUGUGCAGUCAUCCGUUGUCCUGGCUGUUGGGAAUACUCCUUCAACUCAAAGAUUAAAGCAACUGGCUCAAACCAUUACUGGGUCUCAUUCAGGAAACCUUGGCCUGAAUAACACUGUAUUUGGUAGGGUCAAGCAAGUUCGUCUAUCAUCUAUCUUGCAACACUCCCUCCAUGGCGGCGAUGGCAGUGGCACCUCACCUUCGCCUGCACCGCUGCCUCAUCCCCACCACAACCACCAUCACCAUCAUCAUCACCAUCACCGUGAUACCCAUCUGGCUCCUACAAUUUCUCCUGCUCCUUCAAUUGAUAGGGGUGUACGUGCAACUCCAAAUGGUGCACCUACACCCAGGGUUGCUUCUCCUGCCCCAAAGAGAAGUGUGCCUGCACCUGAGAAAAGUUAUGGAGCAAAGCCUCCUGGUUGCCAACUUGGAAAUGGAAGGAGUUCUAAAGGGUAUGCCAGAAAGCACCCUCACUUAGCCCCUACUGUUGCACCAUAUAUUUCUCAUUAUCCUGCAGCGUCGCCACAAGCGCAAGUAGUCUCACCAGCACCCAUUUCUCAUACAAGUCCUACUACUAGUCCUUUGCCAAGUGUGGUUUUUGCUCAUGUUCAGCCCCCAUCAAAGAGUGAAUCAGAUUUAGAACAUUCCAACCCUAUGCCACAACUUGCGCCAUCGCCAUCUUCAUCUUCUGCAGGUUUUCUUCUUACUGCUCAAUGGACAUUUUCUCUGUUCCUGUCUCUUGUAUUACAUUUAUAACAGAGAAGCAUUCUCUAUUCUAGUUAAAGUCACUUCUCUGGUCGUCUACAGACAGGAUCGCAUCUCUCAACUGGACAAGUUGGAGAAGUUCCGCGAGUGUAAGCUACGCAAAGGGCGUGCUUCACAUCGGAGUGGGAUGCAUGUUGGUUUUAUGCGUGUAAA